CCGAGCCAACGAUGUCUUCAAAUGAUGGAUUUAGCAGAAUGUUCACUCCCGGUGGCAAAGUAGAGACCGAUGGUUUUACUGAAGAUGAAACGACAGUGGUCGAGAUUACAUCCGAUGAAGAGGGUGUAGGCGUAGGUGAGGGUGAGGGUGUGGGCGUUUCAAAGCUGCUAACGACCUCCGACGAGGAUGGUAUUGGAGAGUCGCUGACGAGAUCUGUAGAUGAAGGCGUUGCAGAGAUGCUGACGACUUCUGACGACGAAGGUGUGGGUGUAGGUGUAGGUGUUUCGGGACUGCUCAGGACUUCCAAUGAGGACGAUGUCGCAGAGCUACCAACCACCUCUGACGAGGAUGGAGUUGCGGAACUCGUGGCGGAUGACGAGAUCGGAUCUGAUGAACUUGGUGUCGGGGUCGACGAACUGCUGGAAAACUCGGUACUAGUGGCGACAGUGGAGGAGCUUUCGACAGACGAGGGUGUUGGAGUGUGAGGACUGCUGGUAGACAAGCUGCUGCUAGCUGAUGACAAUACAGUGGUACUGCUGGCAACGGGCCUACUGCUUGAACUGGAUGACGAUGUGGUAGACGCAACAGAACUGGGGACGAUUGUCGACGAGCUGGAGCUGGACCUGGAUGAAGAUGGCGCGGGAUCGCAUUCGCCAUAACCCUUCUGGCACGACUGAGGACUGCAAUAGUCAUAAUUGCUGCCGCACUGCACAAGUCAACUUUCUUAGAUUCCGGCUUAUAAUGAGCAAAUUGGAGAGGUAUCUUACAUAAAAGUAUUGGCUGCAACAAUUGCCCCAUUUACUGCCCUGGCAUGUUUGUCCACCAAAGCCAGCGCCACAACGAGCAUUCU